GAGGGAUCGGUGGGAUGGACUGGCCGAAGAGAUAAGAUAAUAAGUUAAAGUCACUUUUUAUCUGGCAAUAUAUGCUGUAUUAAAUUUGUUUUGAAAAGCGUAACGAGCGUGGAUAUGGGUAUGUUAUUCUUUUAGUCAGAAGCAUGAUCGAAGCAAAGAGGGAACGCCAUCUAAAGACAGGAAAGACGAGUCUUGCUGAACCCGCCUUUUUUGUGGCUAUUGAUUAUUGAUAAUCAUCUAAGAUUUAUAAUGGAAAUAUUACUUGGUUAGAAACUUCUGGCUGAGAAGUAUUACUUUGUUUAACUUGGAAUUUGAUUGUUUUCAUCAAUGAUGCAAGCAAAUGGGAAAUGAAACAUAUCGUUGUUCUAUGUUUGUCUUGACUUUCCAAAAAUUAGCAUAGUUUUGAAGAUUAACAUGGAGUUGCUCAAAGGCGGGAAAGACAAACUGAAAGACAAGGUACGCCUGCUGUACCAAGGCUAUGGACAACUUUGUGCAACCAGGCCGCUGUCAAUGAUAACUUCAAGUGUCAUUUUGGUUGUCCUUUGCAGUCUCCCACUACUCAGCCAUCCUGUAUUUGAAAGAACUGCUACUUUUUUGUUUGGAAGAAUUCAAAUCGGAAAGUACCAAACAAACGUAUCUCUAUCAAAAACAUUGGAUUUGGACAAGGGUGAUAUCCUUGUUCAGCAGUUUAACAUUAAAAUGAAUGUUACCAUCCCUGGAAAUGAUAGACAUAAAUAUUUGGAUUCUUGGAUGAUUUUUGAAAAAGGAUUGGAGAAGACUGGACUGAGAGAUCUGAAAGCAUUUUGCAGCAAAAGUGGUUGGUGGCAGUCAUCUUGCCUGCAUGUUUCAAGAAAGCCAUUCUAUGAAUCACCACAAACAAGGCUCAUUUAUCCAAGAGGAAGAUUCUACAAAGAAUUAAGAAAAUGGUUUUCCAAAAGGGGCUGCCUUUUGGUGUCACCUACUGCAAUAUUUGGCAUCGAAUCCAGGAAAUAUUAUGAUCUACCUGGUCCAUUUAAAGAGCUGUUACUUGGAUACCCAGAAAAACAAUCUGGAUUGUCAUCACCAUCAAAGUUUGCAGAAUCACAUAGAUUUCAUUUCACAAUUACUUUUUUCAUGAAGGAAUACUCAAGCAGCUUGUCACAAUCAGUGAGUGAUUAUUUGAAAGAGAAGGCUAAUGUCUCUGUGGCUGCCCCUACAUCGAACAUUUAUCGUAUCAAAUACAUGCCUCUUGACAACGAGAUUGAUACUGAACUGAUCUUGCUCGGUUUCACGUAUAUCCUUGUAUUUCUCUAUAUUUUAUUCUCAGUGGGGAAAAGUGACGUCCUCAAAUCUCGUUGGGGCUUAGCAUUCUCGGCACUGAUGACCAUUAUAAUGUCAUUGAUGAUGGCUCUAGGGGUCUGUGCCUCGCUUGACCUGCUUCCAACAACGCUGACGAUAACAGAAAUCUUUCCGUAUAUUGUUAUCGUCAUUGGACUUGAAAAUGUAAUGAUUAUCACAAAAUCUGUCGUUUCUAUGGAACCGGACAUUGACGUUUCUGUUCGGGUUGCAAAAGGAAUGGGCAAGGAAGGUUGGUAUAUAACGAAAAACAUCUGCGCUGAAUUAACAAUCCUUGGUGCUGGAUAUUACACUCACAUUCCUUCUGUUCAGGAAUUCUGCAUCUUUGCCUUCGUUGGGGUGUUGUCAGACUUUUUUCUCCAAAUGGUUUUCUUCGCACCAAUUCUAGCAGUCGACAUUCGGCGAGCAGAGAUUUGUCAUCUCCAGCAAAUCACAACAGCGCAGCAAUUUGCUGUUGGAUUCAAUCUCAUGCAGAAAACGGCCUUAAAACUAGUGCCGCCUUCGCCACCAAAGACAAAAUGGUCAAGGUUUGUCGAAGUUUGGUUAAAACGGCGCAUGUUUCAGAAGGCAUUCAUGACUGCUGUUAUUGCAUACAUUAUUUACGCUGCCUACCAUAAGGUGGAAUCAUCUCAAAGCCAGCCGUCGGGUCAUCACGAAAAUCCGAGCGUGGUAGAAAACACUGGACAUUUAAGCACAGCUCCUUCUAGUGCAGAUUCUGUGCAAGUGCACAGCAAGCCAAAUGUUCUGUCGAACCAAGAACCCAUCACGCAUGCAGCAAGCAAGACUGGUAGACCAGCUGCUGUGGAAAACUAUGUGUUCGAUUAUACUGAUGCAGCUGAAGAGUCAGGGGAGACUGAGACAGUGUCGUGGAACUUCCUUUCAAAACAACACUGGCCUGAGCUUCUCACAUUUUAUCACAUUCGUUUUCACGAAAAGUCCCUAGUCGUGAUGCCAAGCACAGAGGUUGCCCUGUCAAUCCAACUAAACGAAACAGAACAAACAUCCAAUUUAACGUUCACAAAGACGUCUUCUGUAGAAGACAUAUUCUUGGUUUUCUCACUAGCAGUAAUCUUUAUCAUCACAAUCUACCUCAUAGUGCUUAUAUGUAACUGUACUUCGAGAAUACACCGCAAGAUGUCUUUACCCCCGGAUGUUGUUUUAUAUGAAAGUGAUAGACAGCUUUUGAAAGGUCACAGAAGCAGUAUAGAAUUUAUAGUGGCUGAUGGGUAUCAUAUUGUCUCUGUUUGUCUGAGUGGCACGGUGCGAGUAUGGGAUCUGACGACGUUAGACUGUGUUAUGGAUAUUCAACCUACCAAGAGGCGUGAAGGGAGAAAAAGCUCAUUUUCAAACACGAACUUGAGACGCAGGCGAUCCUUUAACAUGGGAACAAAAGAGGAUUCGAGCUCAGUUUACAAUAUGGACUCGAUAUGGUGUAUCGAUUGUAAAUACAACUUGAUUGCUAUAGGAUACUCGUCAGGAAAAGUGGAGGUGUAUAAUGUAACUGGGAAGAAAGCAAUUGGGAGGAUUGAAGAAGGCGAAGCUGCAGUAGCUCUAAAAUUAGCAUCAAGGAACACGGUUCUAGCGGGGCGGAUUGAUGGGAUUUUGGACAUUAUCGAAGUGAAGCGAGGACAGUUAGAUUCUGUUGAGGAUAUUGAAAGUGGAGCCACCGUAGUGCCGCUGUGUUGUCCUGCAGAUGAUGGAAGUUGCUUUGGAUGCCACAUCAAGCAUCGUAUAAGAGCACAUCUUGGUCCAAUCGAGAACUUAAUCGUAUUUGCCGGGCUUGUUCUUUCGUCAACCGUUGAUAUGAUCAAGGUAUAUGAAAUAGAUGAUGGGCACUGUUGCAAGACGCUGCCUUCAAACUGUGGUCGGAUUACAGUUUUGCAUCAGAUAAAAGAGAGAACAACGUUGUCAGCUGCUAUUGGAUAUGAAAAUGGCUCUGUUCUGUUGAUAAGCAUGACAGGAGAGAAAUCAUUUGAAUGCACUGUGCAUAAUUUCCCUGUUCUCGGCAUUACCUCAAAUCCAACAUAUUUUGCCAGUUUCGAUAGUGACAACAAUGUUUUAAUUUGGUCAGUGGACGAUGGUCAGUGUAACUGUACCUCAGUUCAGAGUACAUUUCACGUACUUCAGCUGCACUUUUUAGAUGGUAUUUCAUUGUGCAUCGUUUCAGAACGAGGUUUGUUUAUACACGACGCAUCAAAUGGGGACCUGUUGCAUCAGAUUGAAAACGCAGACGCGGGAGAGGACCCGUCUCAGUCAAAUUUUGUAAGCGUUCCUCUGAAAAACUCUCUUCUAUUAGCCAGGCAUAGAUCUAUUGAAUAUAUUUUAUUUCCUAACCUGGUAAAGCAAAUUUCGGAAGAUUCUGUAAGGUAGUAUUUGCUUUUCUGAAUUGAAUCGAAGUUAAAAUCGUGUCGUUUAAGGAGGUCGGCCUAUCUUUGCAUCAAAUCAAUCUAAAUGUAAGGCAUUUACAUAUAUUGAAGUCCAUACGUCAAACGGAGGCUUAUCCAGUAUAGCUGUUUCCAGCAUCGAAGAAGGAGUCUCCUCGCACUCCUAGCACUAUGAUCAGAAUUUUGACUUUUUCAGUAUGAAGAUUGUUUUAUUAAGAAUGUUGUUAUUCUUGAUAAGCUUUUCUUGCGAUUAAGACGCAACUAGAGUAUAGAUUAUAGGGUAUUUUUGUAACGAUGAAGUCCAGAAAGCCUUUUGCCAUUGAAAAGAGAUGAAAUUGUAUGUAACUGUUAUUUUAAUUCCUUGACCAGCAGUUUUUUUACCCUUUCCUGGUUUUUUUUCUUCAAAUCCAAAACCCAAAACGCCUCUUAGAGCCCAACAAUGUAAAUAUGACCCUGUGCAUUCUGGAAUCUCAAGUGUUGUUCGUCUGAAAAUAGUCCCUGUCAGAUGUUUGGUGUUAUCAGUGGCAAGAGGUUUCUGUAUUCUUGAGCUUUGCUAAUGGAAAAUUAUUUAUGUUAGCAAGAAAAUAUUGAACUUUUUUUAUUAAAGUUUUUAUCUGGCAUAAAUUAUUUAAGUUGUCAGGGUUGCUGGUUUUGUAGAAUUUUCUAUCGAAAAUGGUUCACGUCA